UGUGACAUCAGAGUCCAGACUUUAUAAAUGUCAGCAGGCGCAAGAAUGAGCAGUUAGCAAACAGCGUCACGCAGGUCGGUGAGAGAGACUGAGCUCCAUCAGCAACACGAGCCCCCAUGGACCGACUGCUGUGUGACUGUGCGAUGAUCGCUGUGGCUGUGCUGCUGUGUGUGGCUCCACAGGUCUUGUCCCAGCUGUGUGACCGGCCCUGCCUUUGCCCCACUUCUGUCCCCCAGUGCCCCUCAGGAGUCCCUCUGGUGCUGGAUGGCUGCAGGUGCUGCCAGGUGUGCGCCCGGCAGCGCGGCGAGCCCUGCACCGAGAUGUUUCCCUGCGACAGCCAGAGAGGACUGCAGUGCGACUACAGCGCCAGCUUCCCCGGAGACCCUGGGGAGUGUGUCGGUCAGGAGGAUCUGGGCUGUGAAGUCAACGGCAUCACAUACCAGGAGGGCGAGUCGUUUCAGCCCUCCUGUGACUCGUACUGCCACUGCAGAGGUGGAGGGGUGAGCUGUGUGCCAGCAUGCCCUCUGACUGCCCGUCUUCCCACUCCGGACUGCCCCAACCCGCAAUAUAUCCGGCUACCGGGGAAAUGCUGCAAGGACUGGGUGUGUGAAAACCUGGAGAACACGGUCAUUCAGGAUGCCAUCACAGCCAUGAGACCUGGCAGAUUGUGGCCGGCUCUCUCGAUGGAUCACCCUUUAAACAAACUGGUCCAACCAGCCUCCACCUGUGUGGAGCAGAGCACCCAGUGGAGCGCCUGCUCCCAGAGCUGUGGAGCUGGAGUCUCCACACGCGUUUCCAACCAGAAUCCAGCCUGCAAGCUGCAAAUGGAGACUCGACUUUGUAAAGUGCGGCCUUGCAAUACAGUUCAGCCGGUCCCGAGGCAACCCAUGUGGGGACGGCAGGGACGCUGUAAAGCCAGCUACACGUCACCAGGCCCCAUUCGGCUCGUUCACCAGGGCUGCUACAGCACUCGCGCCUACCAGCUCCGGUACUGCGGACAGUGCACUGACUCCCGCUGCUGCUCGCCUUACCAAACCACCACCGCUGAGGUGACCUUCCGCUGCCCCUCCGGCAGACUGAUACAGCGACCUGUGAUGAUGAUCCACUCCUGUGUUUGUCAUAACAACUGCCCGUACAAACCUUACAGUAACCCGGCUCUGUGGGGCUACAGGCCCUGAUCCUGUAGGAGCGAAGAUUCAACCACAACAGUAAGACUUCACUGACUCGUAUCACGAGGUGGAUACACUACUAAAUGUAGAUAAAAACUGUGAUUGGGUUGGGAUGAACACAUUUACAGUCUCCCUCUGCACUUAUUCACAACUCCUUUUCACUCCCACACCUUGGGAAGUCAUUAUGGUGGUGGCUUUGACCUUUAUUCUAAAAUCUGUUAUUUUGGCAAAUCCAGAGGAAGCAAGCUAAAUUACAGCAUGUAGCACUUUAAACAGAGAGGUGACAGAGUGCUUCACAGGAAAAAAAGUAAAUGUACAGAGAAAGAUUCAGGACACAGAUAAGACAUAUUAAAAUAAAUGUAAAAACACCAAGUAAAAAGAGGGAAGAAAACAAGUGGGUUUUAAGAACGAUGUGCACUGAUUAGCCUUCAGAGACUUCCUUCUAGAGGUCAGAGGGCACAACAGCUCAUUUAAGUACAGAGCACCACAUUAUGUCAUGAUGGUCAUCUUUCAUCUUGAACAGGUCAAAAUGGUACAGUGUAAACCAGGCUUUAUCAGAAAUUCUGAGUGCACGGCUGAUCUUCUUCCAGCCCUGAAUAUUGUCUGUGGGACAGAUGUAAAGUUCUGGGUAGCCCUGCACUACAGUGAUCAACUCCUUCAUUUUUAUCCGAUACUAAUAUUUUUGGAAGAAUGGAAAUAUAUCUGCCAGCUAUGAUUGGUUGUUCCUUAUCACAUGGGUGCUGUUUCGUUCCAAAAGGUUUUGUUAUGCCAGGGCAGAGCCGUCGUACCCUGAAAAACAGGCGCCUGGGAAUGCUUGCACAUUGCGACAGCAUCGCUGUGGCUUAUGAGCGCACCUGCCUUUUACUUGAGGCGCAAAAAACGCAGCAUGUAUGCUGGCCCUAAAAUUGCAGUUCCUUUAAUGGCCACUUGAGGCUAGCUCCUAAAGUGAGUCAGUCCUCAUGGACCUCCAUGUUAAAAUGCCCAACUUUACAGCAGACAUGUUACCAGCCUGGUACUGUGUGUUUGUAUGUAACUCUUCUGUUUACAUUUCAUUAAGGCUUUA